AUGGCGCCCGGCCGAGGACGCGGCGGCGCACGCGGCGGCGGGCGUGGCGGGGCUUACAACGCGGCGCGAGGGACAAUCACCAUCGCGGGCACUGAGCUCAACUGGGACCUGUCGGGCCUCGAGAUCCAGCGCGCCCCAGCCGAGCGCUUUCCGGACGCCCCUCCGCCGCAAGCGCCCCCGGCGACCGCAGACGAGAGCGCAAUCGUGCAGCACCACCUAGCAGUACGCGACCGCAUUCACGAAGGCCCCUUCUACACCAUCCUCAACGACGGCAUGAGGAAUGGCCUCAAGCGCAAGGCCAAUGAACCCGCGCCUACAGAGGCUUCGCUCUUCAACCCCUUCACCGAUAACCAAACCUAUUCGUCUAAAUACCUGAAAGUGCGACGGAGGAUACCCAAGCUGGACUCGCGGCCAUAUGUCGUCGAUCUGUUUCCACCAGAGCUCCGGCAGAUCCUGAACGGCAGGUCGAGCGGAGAAUCAAACAAGAAGCGCAUCCUUUCCGUGUCCAAGGUCAAUGCCAAGUCGCAGCUCGAUCGCAUGCUCAACGCUGAAGAAGCGCGGACAAAAGAAGCCGAGGCGCGCGGCGAUGACGACGACGACGAGAUAGACGAGGACGAGGAGGCAGAGGAAGAAGAAAGCAAGCCCGAUGCCGUUGACGAAGAGGACAACUGGUCCGCCGUUUCGAGCGACUCCGAGGAAUCCGACGAUGAUUACAACGCCGAGCAGUACUUCGACAACGGCGAAGACGACGAUAUUGAUGAUGCAGAUCCAUACGAGAACACCUACGAAUAG